GCGGGGCUUCGUACUGUGCGUGGAUGUGUAUGUGUGUGUGUGUUGUGAUUCCAGCAGCACCGUGGACGGCCAUCUGUUCCGCUGCUCUCCCGUGAAACCCGACUCUCCUGUCCCACAGAGGAGACGCUUCCCCGGAAGAAGAUCACAGAGUUUAGAAGAUGGUGACCAAGAGGAUACGCUCGGAGUACAUGAAGAAAUUCAAAGACCCCAAAUGGGAGACCUACACCAAGUGUUAUGAGGAGAUGCUGAAGUACAGGCUGACACGCCGGCUGCUGGAGCAAACACACAACCCCUGGUUCUGGAGCGGCUCAGACAGUGAUUCAGACUCAGCUGGAAGAAGUCCUCCCCCUCCUCCCAUUAAAAACCAGGUACAGGAUGAAACCGAGCUGGAGGAGUGUCAAGGGGCGAGGACGGACAAACAGCCGGAGCUGCACGACAGCCCUGCAGGGCCUGUACCCAGACUUCACAUUCACGAGCAGGAAAAUGGAGGCUCCCAGCUUGAUGGUGUCAAACAGAGGAGAGUACCAGAGGAGGAGAGGGAGGAGCAGAGAGCCAGCAGCAGAGGCAGUAAACACUUAGCAGUUUCCCACAGAGUGCGAGACCAAGACGCUGGACAGCACCGAUCGCAGCAGAGUAAACCUCCCAAAUUCUCAAAACAAACGUGGGUCUCCCAUCGCGUCAGACCUGCACCUUCACGGCAGCCAAAGGAGGAGAGUAAGGGCAGCAGACACUCUUUCGCUCUGUACGCCUCUGGAGAGAAGCAUGCAGACAUCGGGGCCAUGAAGACGCACAACGUCGGCCCUACAGCUUCGACAACUGAGAUCCACGAGUCGGCUCUACGCGCUAAGACCAGGCGGGAGGUGGAGCGUCAGAUCCAGACCCACAGAGCGGAGCGCCGGAAAGCCAAGUCUGUUGAGCUGGACAAGCCCAGGAAGGUGGUUCAACCUGAGUUCAACCCCUGGAUCACUGAGUACAUGCGCUGCUUCUCUGCUCGCUAACAAUAGGACAGACACACACACACACACACACUCACUGCAGACAUGUGUAAGUCAGGACGAAUCUAGACAAAAAAGAAAGUGAAGCAAUUAUUGCCUAUCAUCGCUGAGGGCUGAGUACACGCUAUUGUAGAAUAGAGCAUUUAAUCGUACAAAGGCUUCUGAAUGUGCAUCACUCUCACAUUCAUCAUGUAAACAGAAAGAACUGGAACAUUGAAUUUCACAGUGUGGCUUUUUGGACCAUGAGUGUCUAUUGAUCCAUCUGUGAAUCAAUUUAAUAUCUACAUCUAGAAACAUCUUACAGGUGAGUUCAGGCUCUUGAAAGAUAUCAUUUGAAAGAUGAUGUUUAGUUAAGAAUGUGUCAACAGGUAAUUCGAUGAGACAGAACAUACAUGCAAGUAGAUAUUUACAGCCAUACUUCAAUGCAGUCCCUUUAAACGAAUACUUUAAACAUGGAUGUCAUGUCUGUUGUGGUCUCGCACAGAGGUAGUGAAGGCACAAUGUGUGUAUAGAUUCAGAGAUUAGCUUUCUUUAAAGUCAGAUCAAAUGGGAACAUCGGGGUUGUAUGAUACGGGACAUAUUGUGUACGCAUAUUAACAAAGUCAAACACACUAAAACAAGUUGGCAUUCCAAAAUAUUUUGCGGCACACAUUAAGAUGGUUUAAUCAAUCAUCGUGUGUGCUGAUCAGUAGGUUGGUUGACAUGCUGAGAUAUGUCUGUUUUAAAGUUUUAAUAGUCUUCAGAUCACUUAAUGCUGAAGACUUAUAGAUUUAUCUGUUUGUGUAACAGUUAAUUGGUCUUUUCCCACUUGAUAGAUUGUACACCUCUCAGAUACUGCACUGUGUGAUAAAUACUUUUAAAAUAGUGUGCUGACAACACGUGUGUCCUUCUCUUGUGUUGUUGUGUGUGUAAUCUCACAACCUGGUGCUAACACGGUCUGAAGAGCUGUGACUUUUAAAGCCACUGGGACGGCUGUGAACAGUGUGUGUGGUGUUGGGGAUACUGGUCUUUCUUACAGCUUAUUUAGGUUCUUUUCAAUACAAAAUAAUGAACUAAAUUAUUUAAAGAUAAAUGAUCUAACUCUAAUUAUUAGUGAAAAUGAUUCAGAGCCAGAGUUGAAUCAAUACAAAGUUGGAUGUAAAGCCAAAGUCUAAAUGACCUCAUAUCAGAACUGCUAUUAUAAAUAUAAUAGUAAUAACAUGGGCACGUUACUAAUGCUAACUAAAGCAUGACCAAACCAAACAGCACUUUGACACUUAGUCACCUUUCUUAAAUUACAUUUGUACAUUUUCUGAACGAGCUUCAGGUUUUCAUGUAAUGUCUUUUAACUCUCUGCAAAUGUUUAUGUGAAAGUGAUGAAGAUAAAUGUUAUUUGUAUGUAAACGAGGGACUGAACAGCAUUUUAACCCUUCGUGUAACAGAUCAGAUCUUUUCAUGAAUAUUGAGACAAUGAGAAAAUCAGAUCCGACAAACCGGGAUCAAAUCUGCUCUGUGCCAAAUAUAAACAAUUUCUUUACAAUUUACAACUCUAGUUAUUUAUGUUCUGAUCUGACUGUUGCACAGAGGAAAAGGAAAGGAGAGAACUUGAGGCCUGUGCUUCACAUUAAGAAAUUUAUUAUUUUUCUGUUUUGUUGUUGCAGCUCUGAGUUCAGUAUUACACGACCUUUUUUGCUUUGUAAUCAUUUAAUUUCUUUGUUUUGUUGUAAUAUAGAUGAGACGUGACUUUUCGUGCAAUAUUCUUCCAUUUUAAAGAACUGCGAGCCAGUGUGGUUUUCAGAGGUGCACAUUGACAAUCUGAGGGAAAUAGGUUAGUAAAUAACUAGUUUACUUCAUUGGUUUGUUAAUUAGACCAAACUUUGUAGAUGAGAUCCUGUUUAUACUGUAGAGGGAUUUUAAUACUUACCUUAUUUUCCAGGGUUUACUUGGUUAUCCACAAAGCAUGACUAUUCCUUUCAAGCAGGACAUUGUCGUACAUUCAUAAAUAGGUCAUACCAAAUGAUUGUCCUACUGCAGAAAGUCGAAUCAGAGGUCAUGAAGAAGAAUCGAUUGAAUAGAUGAUAUAAGACACCAGAAGUCCAGUGAACAGUCUGGUUUUAUCUAAUUUCUAAUAUAAUCGAAUGGCAACUACAAUAUUGUAACCCCAUAAUACCCUUUCUGUUCUUUUUUUAGCUUUUUAACAUAAUUUACGUACAUAAAGAAAAUUAUGUAGAUGACAACUGUUGAGGUCAAAUGAUGAUGUGAUGUAAAGCUUUUAAUAAAUCCAUUUUCUGUCAA